AUGCGUUCUCCAAUCGACUUCGAGAAGGCCCAUCAUUACGAUCGAUGUCGUGAAAGCUUCGACAGCGAUGACUACCCUUCACCACAUGCCAUCGAUGAAUCUGAGCAGUCAUUAACGAGCGAUUCUGCUCCUCCUCCACCUCCUCCACCAUAUUCGGCCUUCUCAGUCAAUCGCAGAAGGUUUAUUCUGGGUGUAGUUACAGCGGCAGGCUUCUUUGGACCGCUGUGCGGAGCGGUCUACCUGCCGUCUCUGAAGCUGUUUCAAAAGAUCUUCGAAACAUCAGAAACCGCGGUCAAUGGUACAGUUUCAAUGUACAUGGUGGUGUUCGCUCCUCUCUUCGGUGCGGCAGCUUCUGACGUCGGCGGAAGGAAAACGGUGUACAUGGUCGGACUCGGCAGUUUUCUUAUUGCCAACACAUUACUGGCUUUGCUGCCAGCACACAUCGCUCUCCUAUACUUUCUCCGUAUCUUCCAGGCAUUCGGAUCAUGUAUCGUCUUCUCGGUUGGAGCCGGUACAGUAGCCGAUAUUACAGAGCCUGCCAGACGUGCAUCCGCCUUAGCAUGGUUUCUCAUGGGACCUCAACUUGGCCCCAUCCUUGGUCCACUUAUAGGCGGUCAGUUCGCAACCGAGACCAGAUGGCGAUGGGUCUUUGGCUUCCUCUCGCUCGCCAGUCUUCCAGUAUACCUUGCAAUCGUAUUCUGCAUGCCAGAAACCUUGCGGUCACUGGUGGGUAACGGCACAGCCCUUGCGCACCAGCCGUGGUUUUCGAUACCAAAGUUCCGGACAAAACCAUGUACGGACAUGAAAGUCCCGAAAGCUCCCCGACCAUCGUUUCGAAAAUUUAUGCACCUUCUCAAGUAUCCUCCUCACUUGAUUGUCUCUUUCAAUGGUGCCUUCCAGUUUGCCGGUCUAUAUGGCAUGUACAUAUCCUUCCCCACCAUUUGGCAGGAAGGGUACAACUGGACAACUGCCGAGGUUGGGUAUGGCUUCCUUUGUCCCGGUAUUGCGAUGUUCGUUGCUUCGAUCCUCGUAGGUCGACUUUCUGACUAUAUGCGCAAGAGGGCCAUCUCGAACAGUCCUGAUGGCAAGGUUGCACCUGAGCGGAGAAUCGCCAUCCAGAUACCCGGAUUUCUUAUCGCAGCGGCUGGAAAAAUCAUGUUCGGUUGGUUCGCACAUAAUCACGUGCUCCCAGCAGUUGGUCUGUUCAGUUCAGCUCUCGCAGCAGUUGGUGUUUCCGUCGUCUUCGUCACUAGCACUUCAUUCCAGACUGAGUGUGAUCCCGCUCAGACUGCCAGUCUAGUGGCAUUAGGAGGAUUUCUUCGCAAUGUCGCUGCAGCGAUCUGCGCGGCGAUCAUGGGUAGCAUCCUGGACGCAUUGGGCUGGGGAUGGGCGUUCACCGGCUUAGGAAUUCUGGACCUCCUCUGCAUACCAGGAGUUCUUCUGAUCCUGGUCCGUGGCGCAAAGUUCCGCGAGGCAUUGAAAAGAGAGCAGCAGCUGAAUAAGUGA